UCCAUUUGUAUUGAGCCUGAGGACAGGGUGUAAGCCCAGAAACGUUUGCUCUGUUGUACUGCUGCCUUUAUUCAAAAUUAACAUGGAUUCCUUGGUUGGACGUCGGAAAACACCGGAAGAGUUGCUGAGACAAAAUCAGCGUGCUCUUACUAGGGCUAUGGGAGAGCUAGAUCAAGAGAGACAGAAACUAGAGCAACAGGAAACAAAAAUAAUUGGAGAUAUUAAGGAGAUGGCAAAGCAAGGUCAAAUGGAUGCUAUGGAAAUCAAGGCUAAGGAUUUGGUGCGCACUCGCCGAUACAUGAAAAAGUUUAUUUCGAUGAGGGCGAACAUCCAAGCUGUUUCUCUUAAAAUCCAAUCACUGAAGUCUAAUAAUUCCAUGGCACAAGCCAUGAAAGGAGUUUCUAAAGAUAUGGCUACCAUGAACAGACAGCUGAAGUUGCCUCAGAUCCAGAAAAUAAUGAUGGAGUUUGAGAAACAGUCUGAGAUUAUGGACAUGAAAGAGGAAAUGAUGAAUGAUGCCAUUGAUGACGCCAUGGGGGAUGAAGAUGAUGAAGAAGAGAGUGAUGCUGCAGUUUCCCAAGUAUUGGAUGAACUGGGUCUCACCCUGACUGAUUAGCUUUCUAGUCUCCCCUCAACUGGAGGCUCUCUCAGUGUUGCUGGAGGAAAGAAGGCAGAACCUUCAGCUGCCUUGGCAGAUGCGGAUGCAGAUUUAGAGUAGCGGCUGAACAACUUGAGAAGGGACUAACUUUAAAAAAUCCCUUUGCCUCAGGCACUCUGGUUUCAUCUAUCUUUUCUGUGUUCUGAGUGGGCUGAAUAUUAAACCGAAGGACCCAGUGAUCUUUCCUUUCUGAGAUUCUUCAGGUUCUGGCAUUGAGACUGCUGACCAUUGUCAGUCUUCAGCCAUUUCUGCACCAGGUGUGGCUGUUGCCCCUUAUGAUGCCAGUAUAAUAUUGCUUUCUGGUGCCACUCCUGUCUGAAAUGUACUCAUUUUACACAGCUUUUUAUCAACUGAACUGGUAGACUGUUGGGAUUUUAUUUUCUCACAGGUUGAUUCAUACUUGCACAUGGCGCAGUGUAAAAGUUUCCUUAUUGUCAAAGAAUUCUGUUUUGAAACGCCAAAAUGAGUUGUUUUUCUCACAGUAAGGAUUUAAAUAAGCAGAUCAUUUAAAUUUAAAUUCUGGUUGAGGUGUGAGUUUGUUAGAAUUUUAGUAAAUGACAACUUCAACAUUGGACUUUUCUUUUGAGUUAAGCAGAUACAAUCUGAUACAAAGCAUGCUGUGUGCUCUGUAGAGGAGAAUGUUCAAAUACAUAUAUGUUAUAAAAAUAUAUAUAUAUUUUUACUGUAAUAAAACAUAACACUGGGUUAAAGGGACAGUAUACACUCAUUUUCAUAUAACUGCAUGUAAUAGACACUACUAUAAAGAAUAAGAUGCACAGAUACUGAUAUAAAAAUCCAGUAUAAAACUGUUUAAAAACUUACAUAGAAGCUUUCAGUUUAGCUUUGUUGAAAAGGUAGCUGGAAAGCCCACUGCAAGUGGCAAAUAAGACACUCCCCCCCUCCUCCUUCUUUUGCAUAUGAAAAGACCCUUUACACAAACAGGAGCAAGCUGGAGAAGGUAGCUGACGGUAUUCACAUAAAACUUUGGGGCUUGGUUAGGAGUCUGAAAAUCAGAGCAAUGUUAUUUAAAAAUAAGCAAAACUAUACAUUUAUUUUAAAAAUAAAACUUUAUGGGCUAUAUAAAUAGAUCAUCUACAAAACAUUUAUGAAAAGAAAAAAUGAGUGUAUAAUGUCCCUUUAAGUGAUGACGCCACAGUUUAAUCAGCCUUUUUUCCAUAUAUCUGGCUUUUUUCCCUUUUUUCUUUUUAAACAUUACUCUCUCUUAAGAGAUCAAGUAAUUCAUUCUAUUUAUUGUAUUCCUUGUUAAUCUGGCAAGUAUAUGACAUUAAAGUAAUAAAAACAAUGCUGUAUACAA